AAGUUAUUUAAAAUUUAGUAAGAGUUGAGCGGGUCAGAUUACGAUUACUAACCUGUUACCUCACCCAUUUUGGCCCAAGCAAAUUUGGGUUGGGUUGGGCCUGACCCGUUUAUUGUGUUGACUGAUCCGUCCAAAUUUAGUCCAAUCCAUGCGAUUGUCCCCACUAGUUAUGCAUGCGAGUUGUGUGAGGCUUUAAAAUUUAAGCCUGUAGAGAAGUAGUAACUUUUUUAGGACUAGACAAGUAGGGUAGGUGUCACCCGCAACAAAUAAUAAUAUAAUUGUCGUUGUAUUAAUUUAGUGGUAAUAAUAAAUAUGAGUAUUUAUAGUCAGAACACUAUAUGAAUGGUAUCAACUUAAUUGACACAAAAUGUAGUGCGUGUGAGAUGAGAUGCAAAAUUAUCGUUUUCGCGCUUGGAUAAUUAGUAUAGGUUUGAAAUUGCUGAAUAUAGUUUAGUACAUUAAGAACUGAAAUGUCAGAGUAGAAGCUGAAGAUUUUUAGGGUAUGUUUACUGUUUGGUAUGAAGAAAUAUGUUUUUCAAGAAAAUAGUUUUUUUUUUAGGAAAUUAAUGUUUGUUUGUUUGUUUGUUUUACUUAUUUUUUGGUGUUUGGGGAGUAAGGUGUAAUGCAGCCAAAUGCCAUGAUCUGAUUGAAGCUGAAAAUGUGAUUAGUGACAAAAUGGUUAAUUUGUGUAUCAUCUUUAAUCAUCAAAGCUAUGAAACUAACAUUUGUAAAGCAGGUGAGAAUUUAUAGAAUGUUCUACAAAAUUUUACCACAGAGCACCCGGGUUUAUUCCCGGGACUUCACCUCAAGGACAGUGGGAAAUUAGGGCCUAAAAACUGUGGCGAACACUUGGAACAAGCCAAAAAUGAGUUUCCGGUAUGUAAAUGUGGAUUCGACAUGUUGGAUGCUGGCUUUUUCAAUGACUGUAAGAAGCUUGAAAUACAGAAGGGCGCAAAAGAUUUUAACAUUCCUAUAAUAAGAUCGAACCGGAAGUUAGUUGCUACUGAGAAUGGAGGUUUGCGUGACCCGUCUCCUUUAGUUUUCAAUUCUGCAUGGAAAUCCCAGGAAGCAAAGCGAGUAACGGACAAGUUCAAUUAUUCUGAAUGCUCUGGCAUUCAAAGGCCGAAAAAUGAUGAGGAUAUUGCUUUCAUGAGUGUUCUUGAACUCGGGCAACUUUUCAAGGAAAAAUUGAUUACAUCCGAGGAACUCACUCGAAUUUUUCUGAACAGAUUAAAAAGGUACGGCCCUGUCCUUGAAUCUGUUAUCACAAUUACUGAAGAAUUAGCAUUUCAGCAAGCAAAAGAGGCUGAUCAAGUGCUUGCAAAAGGAAAAUAUUUGGGUCCUCUUCAUGGGAUCCCAUAUGGUCUAAAGGACAUUAUUGCAGUACCAGAUUAUCCCACAACAUGGGGUUCCAAGUCUUUCAAAGAUCAAGUUAUUGAUGUCGAAGCUUGGGUUUAUAAGAGGCUGAAAUCUGCUGGUGCAAUUCUUGUUGCAAAGUUGGUCUCUGGUUCUUUAGCUUAUGACGAUAUCUGGUUCGGUGGUAGAACAAGAAACCCCUGGAAUAUCGAAGAAUUUUCUACUGGUUCAUCAGCAGGGCCGGCUUCCAGCACCUCAGCAGGUCUAGUUCCAUUUGCAAUUGGUUCAGAAACUGUUGGGUCUAUCACCUACCCAGCUACUAGGUGUGGUGUUACUGCAUUGCGGCCCACUUUUGGAGCUGUUGGUCGUACUGGAGUUAUGAGCAUAUCGGAAAGCUUGGAUAAACUGGGCCCUCUCUGCAGAACUGCUGCAGAUUGUGCGGUUGUUCUCGAUGUCAUCCGAGGAAAGGAUCCAGAUGAUCUUUCGUCCAGGGACAUCAUGUUAGGUGAUCCAUUUUCAGUUGAUAUUACAAAACUCACUGUUGGGUAUCUCGAAGACGCUGACAAGGAAGUUGUUGGUGUACUUAGAUCAAAGGGAGUGAAUAUGGUUCCAUUUAAUCUGGAUUACACUGUUGAUAGUGCUCAAGGUAUUGUUAGCUUCACUAUGGAUGUUGACAUGCUAGCUCAUUUUGACGAGUGGCAGCGCUCAAACCAGGAUGAUGAAUUUGAAGCUCAAGACCAAUGGCCUCUUGAACUUCGUCGUGCCCGUGUUAUAUCUGCUGUAGACUAUAUUCAGGCACAGAGAAGUCGAAGCAAAUUGAUUCAGGAAGUGAAAGAGAACUUCACAGUUGAUGCAUUUAUUGGAGAUUCAGGUGACUGGGAGAAAGUUUGUGUGGGCAAUCUUGUGGGUAUGCCAGUAGUGGUGGUUCCAACAGGUUUUAAGAAGAUAUCCAAUGCAUCGUCUGAUGAUACUCGCAGGAAGACAACAAUAACUACUGGCAUUUAUGCUCCUCCUGACCACGAUCAUGUUGCUUUAGCAUUGGCAAUGGCGUAUCAGUCACUAACCAACCAUCACAAGCAGCGCCCUCCAAUUGACGACAUUGGGCCAAAUGAUUCAAUUCCAAACCCACCCACUUCCACUGUACCCGCAAGACAACUACGUGAUUACUAAUCUCUCAAGGGUAUUCAAUGUCACUCUGUGUUGUCCUUUUAACUUGUUAUUAUAGAUGUAUACCACUAGUUGUAGUAGUCAAAGCUGUGUUGGAUCGACAAAAAGGAAGAAAAUAGUUCUCUCGUUUUGUCUAUGCUGAAGGAUAUUCUUUUUUGGUAUAUUCGUUUCAUUUUGUAGCACUUAUAGUUUGGCUGUAUACCUCUUGCCAAUAGUUUGUGGUAGAUACCUCUCACUAA